GCGGGGGCGAGAAGAUGGCGGACGGGGACAGCGGCAGCGAGCGCGGCGGCGGGUUCGGCGGCCCGCGCGGGCCGGGCCCCGAGCAGGAGACGCAGGAACUGGCCUCCAAGCGCCUGGACAUCCAGAACAAGCGCUUCUACCUGGACGUGAAGCAGAACGCCAAGGGCCGCUUCCUCAAGAUCGCCGAGGUGGGCGCGGGCGGCUCCAAGAGCCGCCUCACGCUCUCCAUGGCCGUGGCCGCCGAGUUCCGCGACUACCUGGGCGACUUCAUCGAGCACUACGCGCAGCUGGGCCCCAGCAGCCCCGAGCAGCUGGCGGCGGCCGGGCCGGGCGAGGAGGCCGGGCCGCGCCGCGCGCUGAAGAGCGAGUUCCUGGUGCGCGAGAACCGCAAGUAUUACCUGGACCUGAAGGAGAACCAGCGCGGCCGCUUCCUGCGCAUCCGCCAGACCAUCAACCGCGGCCCGGGCCCGGGCUUCCCCGGCCCGCCCGGCCUGCAGAGCGGCCAGACCAUCGCGCUGCCGGCCCAGGGCCUCAUCGAGUUCCGCGACGCGCUGGCCAAGCUCAUCGACGACUACGGCGGCGACGAGGAGGAGCUGGGCGGGCCGGGCGGCGGCGCGGGGCUGGGCGGGGAGCUGCCCGAGGGCACCUCCAUCACCGUGGACUCCAAGCGCUUCUUCUUCGACGUGGGCUGCAACAAGUACGGCGUGUUCCUGCGCGUCAGCGAGGUGAAGCCGUCCUACCGCAACGCCAUCACCGUGCCCUGCAAGGCCUGGGCCCAGUUCGGCGGCGCCUUCUGCCGCUACGCCGACGAGAUGCGCGACAUCCAGGAGCGCCAGCGGGACAAGCUCUACGAGCGCCGCGCCGGGCCGGCCGGGCCGGGCAGCGGCAGCGGGGCCGGCGACGACUCCGACGGGGACGACGUGGACGACGACUGAGCGGCGCCCCCGGCCGGGGAGCCGCCGCCGCCACCCCCAGCCCCGGCCCCGGCGGAGAGAGAAUCCAGCUUCACCGCAGACACCGACCGCCCCCAGGCCCGGCCCCCGCUGCCCGGAUCCCACCCCGGCCCCUUUCGAGAUCGUGUCC